AUGGCAGACUUCGGCGCCUACCCACCCAACAUGGCGCCUCAAAACGCCCUCAUAGUCCGCCAAGCAGCAGGUGCAGACCAUGAAGUCGUCCAAUACACAGCACAGGACCUCUCACGGCCCGCCCAAGGCCCCGCUAACCCCUUCAAAGACGAAGUCAACUCUCUAAAACGCAAAAACGUCCUUACCGGUUUCGCAGAGGAAACCUACUUGAGCGAGCAUACCUUCAGAACUCAGCACAGAGCCGUAGAACGGGGUGAAGAUAGACAGUAUAGGGGGGGCGUGGCAGAGAAGGCCGAGGCGGCGAGGAUACGUGCAAAGCGGCAGAAGAAGGGCGAUGCGACGGUUGCUGAGGGAGAUAAUGCUUAUGUCGGGCCAUGGGCUAAGUACAAAACCGUGGAGUACGACGACGUGGAAGAGGGCGAUGAGUUAGCAAGUGAUGAGGAAUAUGAGGAGGUUGAGGAAGAAGAAGAUGUUAUUGAGAGUGGAGCGGUGGUGCCGGCCUUACCGCAGGCUAUUGCGAAGCGGAAAGAGGCCGAGGAGAUGGGUGACGAGACGAGUGUUUUUGAGGGGAGCAAGCAGUUUGAUUAUCAGGGCCGGACGUAUAUGCAUGUCCCACAGGAUCUGGAUAUUGAUCUCAAGAAAGAACCGGGAAGUGCGAAGAAUUAUGUGCCGAAGAAGAUGGUGCAUGUUUGGAAGGGACAUACGAAACCGAUUGCGGCACUGCGGUUCUUUCCUGGGUCGGGUCAUUUACUGCUUUCGGGGAGUGCGGACACGACGGUUAAGAUUUGGGAUGUUUAUCAUCAGAAAGAGUUAUUGAGGACAUAUUCGGGACAUACGAAGGCGUUGUCGGAUGUCACCUUCAACAUAUCUGGGACGCAAUUCUUAUCAGCGUCAUACGACCGGAUGAUGAAGCUGUGGGAUACCGAGACCGGCCAAUGCGUAAACCGCUUCACGACUGGCAAAACACCGCAUGUCGUCCGCUUCAACCCGUCACCAGAACACUCGAACGAGUUCCUGGCAGGUAUGUCCGACAAAAAGAUCAUCCAAUUCGAUGUCCGGACCCGAGAGAUCGUUCAAGAAUACGACCACCAUCUCGCAGCCAUCAACACCAUCACCUUCGUUGACGAAAACCGCCGUUUCAUGACUACAUCCGACGACAAGUCGCUUCGAGCCUGGGACUACAACAUCCCGGUGCCCAUCAAGUACAUUGCGGAACCACACAUGUACCCCAUGACGCGCGCCUCUCUCCACCCAUCUGGGAAAUACGUCGCCUACCAAAGCUCAGACAACAAUAUCUUCGUCUACGGCGCCAACGACAAGUUCCGCCAAAACAGGAAGAAAGUCUUCAAAGGGCAUAAUAAUGCCGGUUAUGCGAUCGAUGUGGCGUGUAGUCCUGAUGGGCAGUUUGUGGCGUCUGGAGAUAGUGGUGGGUAUGUGUGCUUUUGGGACUGGAAGACUUGCAAGAUGUGGCAUAAGUUUCAGGCGAGUGAUGGUGCGGUUACGUGUUUAGAGUGGCAUCCGCAGGAGAGUAGUAAGGUUGUUACCGCGGGCUUGGAUGGGGCGAUUAAGUAUUGGGAUUAA